AUGCGGUCAUUUGUGUCUCUGUCAUUCUCCUUCGCCAUCCUCUCGUCACUCUCUGCCGUCAUCACCGCCAGUCCAGCACCGCUUCCUCAAGGAUCAGAAGCCAACACCACUACCACGGCAUCCUACGAGAACCCCUUCACCGUCUACACGACAGAGACCAACUCUCUGGGCGUCAUCACGGGCAUGCCGUCCGUAGUGACAUCCCAGCCGUCCGUGGUGACCAGCCAGCCCGUCUCGCCCACCCUGCCCAGCUACUCGGGGUACGUGUACGCCAACAGCACCGCCGCUACGAGCAGCGUCGGCACCGAGACCGAGACGGCGACAUCGGCGGCGGGACAAAGCACCACCGGCUUGACGGGCUCAGUACCAUUGUCGACGACCACCACCCUGGCAACCAGUGCCGGCGGUUCAUCAUCAGCGUCGGCUACUUUUGCAGCGGCCACCGGCGGCGCGGUGUCCAACAAGGUCGCCGGUGCUGGGAUCGGGCUGGUCAUCAUGGGCCUGGGAUUCUCAUUGCUGUGA